AUGGAAGAACUUACCGCUUUUGUUUCCAAGUCGUUUGAUCAGAAAGUAAAAGAGAAGAAGGAGCUGAUCACGUACAGGGAGGUGCUGGAAAGCGGACCCGUCAGGGGAGCUAAGGAGUCCGGAGGCUCCAGCGAGCCCAGCAGGGAGGAGAGCAGCAGCCCGGCGGCCCGGGGAGCUGGAGGAAGCGGCGGCGCGGGAGGGCGAUCGCCGGUGCGAGAGCUGGACAUGGGCGCCGUCGACCGGAACAGGGACGCGGGCACUCCUAAACUCAGCGAAGGUAGGAACCCCUUCUUUCACCCUGCGAUCAGAGCAGGCCCAGUGCUCCCGGGAGAAGGUCCGGCACGCGGCUCUGAUCGCCUUUUCGCCUCGUCCCCAGUCUCGCCGGAGCUGAAAGAGCGCAAGGAGGAUGCCAAAGCGAUGGAAGACGAAGGGCAGACGAAAAUCAAACAACGGCGGAGUCGCACUAAUUUCACCUUGGAGCAGCUGAACGAGCUGGAACGGCUUUUUGACGAGACCCACUAUCCGGACGCCUUCAUGAGAGAGGAGCUCAGCCAGCGUCUGGGGCUGUCGGAAGCCCGGGUACAGGUCUGGUUUCAGAACAGAAGAGCUAAAUGCAGAAAGCAAGAAAACCAGCUACAUAAAGGGGUCCUCAUUGGAGCAGCAAGCCAGUUUGAAGCUUGCCGAGUUGCCCCCUAUGUGAAUGUUGGUGCUUUGCGGAUGCCUUUCCAGCAGGAUAGUCAUUGCAACGUGACGCCCUUGUCCUUUCAGGUGCAGGCGCAGCUGCAGCUGGACAGCGCCGUGGCGCACGCGCACCACCACCUCCACCCGCACCUGGCCGCGCACGCGCCCUACAUGAUGUUCCCGGCCCCGCCCUUCGGCCUUCCCUUGGCCACCCUGGCGGCGGAGUCGGCCUCGGCCGCUUCGGUGGUGGCCGCGGCCGCGGCGGCCAAGACCACCAGCAAGAACUCCAGCAUCGCGGACCUCAGACUCAAAGCCAAAAAGCACGCGGCUGCGCUGGGCCUGUGACUCUUCGGCCCCGAGGGGCGCGUGGCGAUCCCACCGCAGGCAGCGCGGGGCCCGGGAGAGGCUCUCCGGAGAGAGACCCCGCCACCCUCCCGCGCUCCGCCUUCAGCAGAGACCGACCUUGGCGCCGCCGGAGCGAGGCUUUGGGGAGGGCCGAGCCGCGGGGGCCUGCGCGCCUUCCAAGGUGAAGGACUCCGCAAGGGCAGUCUCCACCCGCCGAGCCCCGUCCGGGGGCCGCCGGUCCGACCCGGGGGUGGGGCGAGGAGAGCCCUCCGACGAAAUCGCUCGCUUCUUUGACAGACGGAGUUGGGGCAAACUUCUGCUACUGCUGAUAAACGAGACGGCGACAGACAACCCACUCCUAAACUGGAGGGAAGAGCGAGACUUAUUUAAAGAGUUAGAAGAACUAGACACGCAGCUGGGAAGUUCACAGGUUUUGAAACUGACCCUUUUCCUGCGAAGUUCACUUUAAUGCGAGAAAGUUGAUAAGAGAGGCGGGCCUCCUUUCACGUUGCAUCUGAUACUUGAGCUUGAACAGCUACAGACUAGAAGUGGAGAUGAAAAGGAAAGAAGAAUUUAAAAAUGCGGGAGGGGGAGGAAGGGAGGAGAAUAAAGGGGAGAAAGUCGAACGCGAUUCUUUCUCUUCCCGUUUCCAACGCAAAACUGGUCGGAAUAUUUUGCUAGGACUGUUCCGGGUCUGCAUGGGGUUCGGUUAUUUUUACUUCUUGGCGUCCCUUCGAAUCAUUAGCAUCACACCUUAAAUCUUGGAGAACAAAGUCCGUCAGUGAAACAAGCUCGCCGCGCUGGGCUAAGGAGUUAAGAGAGGUCGAGAGGGAGACCUCGCAAGGCAAUGCAGGGAAGGGGCUGCUCGGUUGUCGCCCCCGAUCCCAUCGAAAUCAAUGGGCCCAUGUGUUAGAAACGCCCGAUUAGUAUUCCAGCCGUGGUCGCUUAAGACUCCACUCCUCUGGCCUUUUAGUUGAGGAUAAAUUGGGGGUGUCCUCAGAAUAUGGUCAAGAAAGUCAAGAUGGCGGCCGCGACGGUGCGA